AGCAAUAUUUUUAAAAAAACUGUUUUAGAAUAUAAUCAGAAAUAUUUUCUGUGACAAGCGCUGUUGAAACUUAAUGUAUAAAUAUAUUCCAAUCAUGUCAUAGGGCAUGUUAUCAAAUGGUUAGGUUUUUCUUGCACUGUGAUUGGCUAAUCUACACAAAAUAUAUGCUAUAUUUUUGUUUUCCUCCGAGAAACGAGUGCAAAUAGUGCAAAGAGCUGAUUUUUUUCUGAUUGGCUAAGCACCGGCAUCUUUAGACGCAAGUCGAUGUGAAAAAUAUGAAGGGAAGAUAUGUGAGGACGUAUAUUCCUUUGAAUCACGUGAAGAAUUACUCAUUUACGUUAACCCAAGGUACAACCAAACUGUGAUGGAAAAUGAAGUCCGAUAUUUGUUACACAAAGCGAGAAAUCAUCCUCAAGUUGCUUGCAUUGAUUUUAUCAAACAGAUAUUUUGUUAUCGCUUUUUCCCAGUUUGUUUACCGACUAGCAGUAAAAAAAUUACAGUGAAAGAAACAUGUAGAGAAGAUUGCGAGAAAGCUAAAAGUCACAUUUGCUAUACUGGAAUAGAAGAUGUACCAGAGCUUUCGGAGCGAUUGCUUGAAGCAAGCUGCAUGACGCUACCAUUUGAAAAUUGUCAACAUGUAAAAAUUCCAACCACAACUGAAGUAAUUGAAAAGUCAUGCCGCGUAGACAAUUAUAGGAAAGAUAGUGGCACAACUAAAGUAAGCAUUCUACGACACAGUAACAAUAAGGCAACUACCGAUAUUACAUUUCCACAACCAAUUGUGCUUUCUAAAAUCAGACCACAAAUUUUAAACACAACAACCUACGCGAAACAAUCUAUUUCCCUGUCAAAGAUUUUUCAAAUUAGUGAUCUUAAAACCACAUUAGGUAUAAACAAUUUAAAAAUUCAACAAUUGCGCAAAUUUCUAAUCCGUUCCUAUCGCGUUAAUUACUUCGACGAUUUUACAAAGGACAUCACAGCAUACCUUGGUAAAUUAACGAAGUACACACCAGACGACUAUUUAACGUUAAGGAAUGUCAAAAUUUUUAUUGAAAAGAUUAACAAUACUAUUUACGUAGUUGCUUCAGGUAGACAUAGACUUUGUGGUAAAAUAUUUAAGUAUUCCAUAGUCGCCGAAAGUAAAAAUAUGGUUAUAAUGCAUGCUACUAGUGCAAAUGCCAUUUCUAUGAAACUAAUUGAAUUAUCUCAUCGAUUGAGAGCAUUUCCAGUAGAAAUCGAAUCCAUUUUAAGUCAAAAAAUUAGACUUAUUCAAACCCUUCGUAUCACUGAACCAACGUGGAGUAUCUUAUGGUAUGAAGGCAAGAAAGUUGCGGCUUUCAAGGGCCAGGGAACAAUUGAAGUGAAUGCUGAAAAGAAAAAUGUGAAGGCGGAACUUAUGAUUGGAGUUGAUCUGCGGUUUUGGAUCGUUCGAUUGAAUAUGAAGUUAACCUUGCAGGAAAUUAUUCGCAUAUUUGUCGAGGAUCCGCUCUCUCCAUUUCCAUUUUCAAAUGAUAUCAAUAUAGAGGACGUGAUGCCACAUGAUAUUGAUUUCACAUUUUCAACAUCAGACGUCAAGUUGCCGAAGUCAACAUAUUUGGAGAAACAGUAUAGCUUGUAUAAAGACGCCAAUAAAAUAAACUCCAGAUUGUCAAUUAGAGCUACUGGCGAAACAAAAAAAUCAAAAGCAUCAUUUUCACAUUUGUAUGGUGACAGGAAAUUUAAAUUAGACAUCGAUACUCAAGAAGAUGGAAAAACAACGUUUCUGCUGCGUUUCGAUGACAAUAUGUGCAAGCAGGAUAGGCACUGGGAAAUGUUUGAGAAAACGUUGCGCAUUCUUCAAAGCAAGACUAACAGCAGUGAGAAUGCUCAAAUCAAAAUAAAAUCAUAUUGUGAUCAUUGUUGUGAAUCGAGAUAUGCAAAUCUUGUUUCAAUCAAGGGGGCGAUUUAUUGGGAAGCCUCUACAUUUGACGUCUUUUCACCAAAGAUAAAUUAUUAUCUGGAUUUAGAUAUUAAUGUGGCGAAAAGAGAAUAUCUUCAUAUUUAUCGGUUAAAGAAAUAUUUCAUCAAGGCCGCGUGAUAUUUUAACAGAAAUUUUGUUUAAUUCCAAAUACUUAUCGGUCAUACUCCAACCGUUAACCGAUAUUGUUAUAUCUAGAUAACAACGGAUUAAACAAUUUCUUCCACCUAGAUCAAGUAUCAACUAUACGAUAUUUAAAAACUUUCUUGCGUGAGAUUGAGUACGGGAUAUUCUAAUUGGUGUACUUUGUUUAUUACAAGAGAAUGGAUGAUGCUUUUUUAACUUAUCUAUACGAGUACAAAAUAUAGCUGUCAUUUGAACAUAUAAAUAGUGUACUGAUGUUUACGCCAUUCCUAAUUUUACAUCACAUUAAGUUAAAUUGUUAUUAGCAGCUUAAUAGGUGUAGCGGCAGAUGAUUUAAGUUCUGUGACUACAUACUAAAACUAUUAAAAAAACCUCAACAAUACACUCUUCAGCGACUUCCAUACUGUGUUGAAAGUAAUGAUAGGAUAUGGUUGAUGAUAUGAAGUACUAAGAUUAUAAUAUAAACAAAUCUUGUAAAAACAAGCUUCCAUAAUUUAUUUACAAUGAAGAAAAUCUUUUCCGUCACCAUGAUAGCCUUGUUUUAACUAAUGCCUACAAUUUUGGAAUGACGCGUUUUUAUAUUCUGUGUCUUCCACAAUGCAAAUGAGCCCUUAUUACAAUUUUUUUGCCAUUUAGUAACCACGUGGGUUUUAUUUUUAGAUUCCGG